AUGCUCGCAUUGUAUGUCGCUGCGCUCCUCUUCUCCCCCACGGCGAUUGCCCAGGAAUGGCUGUCUGAUCUGCACUCGAAUAUCCGACCAAUUAAUAUCACUGGAUUACCAUAUUACUUUUAUCGAUGGACAGGCUCCUACUACAACGGCUCAACAACGAUUCGCAUAGAACCAACAGAGUUUGAAGAAAACACAGACAAGGACACAAAAGUCUCCGAGCCGGUAGAGGUUACCUACGAGAACUCUAUUCUUGCCAUUGUCAAGUCCAAUACAUAUGUGGAAGGGCACAAUGAACUCAUCUUCUCAUUGCGAUACUGGGCCAACAAUCUCAACAUAACGCCCGUGCACGAUAACGCGGAUGGGCCAAUCAACUCAAUCCAGAAUAUUGACUCUAUCGACAUGAACAGAUCCCCCCAACCGACUGGCGCAGCGCCACCGUACUGGCAGCUGGAGAGCACGCACGGUUCAGGAACUUCAUACUCAUUCAGCGGCCAGCGAAACUCUACCGUGCUCCAAAGCCUCAAGUUCAACUGCUCUCAGUGUCUUUCGAGCGACGAGUUUCGCGGAUCCAUCGUGAACCCUCCCCGCAGAAACGUCAACCCACUCAACGUCACGAGCUUCCCCUUUGUGAGCGGACAAUUCAACAACCGGUCUGCGUCUCUGAGAAUCAGUGGCACAUUCGUGGGAGGAGACCGACCAGGCGGCAAUCGUGAAAACAACGUGCACCUAGGAGGCCCAAUCACGAUCAGCUUUCUUGGAGAAAUUGAUGAGCUUCGAUCAGAUACUCUGCUGUCAAGCCGAAACGGGACACCCUUAUGGAAUCGGACACUUGGAUACACGAAGCAGUUAUACGGAAAUACAGCGGCGUCGAUGUGGACGGGGAAUCUGGCAUGCUGGGCUUGCAUUCUUGCCGCUGUGGCUGCCUUUUGGAACUUAUAG